AUGCCGCAUCAGGAGCGUCACAAGUGCUUCGGCACCAGCUCCAUGUGUACAUUCGUGCGCAAUUCUGACGUUACCCAAGAACCUAACGUGAAAUUGUCGGUAAACACGACUCUGGCCAAGCAGUUAGCAACUGUGGAAGUGAAAUUUACGCUUAAAUCCAUUGCAGCGGGCGAUCUGGUGGCCGUUUACCUCGUGGACCCGCAAGAAGUGAACGACGUGGACGGAGACCCGCUUUCGGACUUUGUGGACUACGUGUACGCCAACCAAAGUCGCGUGGAUGAAGAUGAAGUCCGCUUUAUUGUGUUCGGACCGCUAGUGAACAUGCGCGCGUCCUACCAGUUUAAAUAUCUGCGCAAAAUUACACCCCAGGGUGAAAAUGACGAUGAACAUGAUGAAUUGAUAUUUUUCACGUUUCGUACAGCCAUGGGCGAUGACACAGCAGAAAAAAAUCAUAGACCGCAGGGUUUCUUCGUGUUUGGAGAUUUAGGCACGAGUGUGCUGCAGAAACCGACGGACGAGUUGGACUUUGAUGCGAGCAAUCCGGAACGACACUUCACGUCGCUGGAUAUGGUGUCGAGGUUGGCCAAGUGGGGCGAUGGACGCACUGUCAUGGAGCGGAUUCAGCAGGACUUUGACGAAGCGUCACGAGAUGAUGCAGACUCUGACACGCCCGAAUACGCUGCACUGAUUCACAUUGGUGACAUAUCGUACGCAAAGGGCAGUACAUAUCUCUGGGAUCAGUUUGGAGCAAUUGUACAGCCGGUAGCUUCACGUCUGCCCUAUAUGGUGGGGAUCGGCAACCACGAAUACGACUAUACUGUGAAUGGUGAAGGGCAUGAUCUUUCGGGUAGUGAGGCCGCUUUCGCCAACGGCUGGCACCCUGAAGGUGGGAACUUCAAUAACGAUUCUCACGGCGAGUGCGGCGUGCCAUACGCGCGUCGUUUCCACAUGCCUGAAGCGAUGGACGCCACCUCCAAUCAGCCGUUCUGGUACAGUUUCCGUCUCGGAUUGACCCACCACAUUGUGGUGAGUAGUGAGCACCGCUGCACCUCUGGCGCACCAAUGCGGGAGUGGUUUGAGCGGGAAUUGCGCGACAAAGUCGACCGUGGAAUAACGCCAUGGCUGAUCGUGCAUUUGCAUCGUCCGCUCUACUGUUCAGAAAGCUACGAAGGAGAUCACGCUGUUGCGGAGUUAUUACGUGGCUGCUUUGAAGAUUUAUUUUUUACCAACCGAGUGGAUCUGGUCUUCUCAGGCCACUAUCAUGCCUACGAGAGGACAUGUCCAGUGUAUCAAGGCCAUUGUAGAGAACAGAAUGGACGGGCAAUGGCGCCUACGCACAUCAUGAUUGGGUCUGGAGGCGCAGAACUCGAUGAUGCUUCGUACCUGCAGGCCAAUUGGAGUCGUUCCCGGCAACAGGAGUAUGGUCACGGACGACUUCACGUAUUCAACGCGUCGCACGCACAUUUUGAGUUUGUUCGUGCUCGAGAUCGAGCCGUGACGGAUGAUGUUUGGGUCGUAUCGACACAUGAUUGGGUGACAGAGUUGAAAAAAUUGACAACUCGUUUUUUAGUUUGA